GCGCUUACAGCCUGUGAGAAGAAGAAAGAAGUUUCUGACAACAGCUUUAACAACAUUUGACAACAGUUUUAUCUCCCUCUUCAGGUAAUGUCUUCAAGUCUCUGCUGACGUCACACGCUGGGAUAGGCUGCGUCACGUGGUACAACUUUCCAAACCUGAGUGUUUCCCGAAAAAAAAUGUGGAGAAACAAAACCCUGGAAAAGGCCUUUGGAUUCACAUAUAUCAUUUGAGGUUUUACACACUGAACUCAAGCCCAAUGUAAGUCUUGCUCAGUGACUGCGUGUGAAAGGGAUAAUGGCAUAUUCUGGAGGAGACACUAUUCGUCAUUGUCUAUAAUAAUGGUUUUCAACUGGUUUUGCUUCAGGACCAAUGCACAUCAACUGAUGACCCAAAACUGUGCCAUAAUUUGUAUAGAAGGAUAAUUUAUAUAUUCUAGAGGAGACUCCAUUCGGCGUGUCCGAAACAUGCCCCACUACAACGAUGUACGCACAGGUUCGCUUCCGAGUCUUCACGGAUUGACUGAUCACAAGACAUCUGACUCUUUAUGCUCCGAACCUCUUCCACCACCUCCCCUACCGGACCAACCACCGAUAGGCCCCAAGUUUGACCCCAGCGGUAGCGAGGACAACGAGGACUCUGCCCUCGACAUCAAACCUGUCCACCGUUUCAUCCCAGACAAAUGGAAGAACUUCUUCAGGUCCAGCAGCGGAAGCAGCAAGUUGAAGUCAAUGUUGGGCUCGAGCAGCAAGAACACGACCACUGACGGCGUUCGUUGUUCUCCACCGCAAUCACCAUCGGUUCCCGGUUCCUACCGCGACCCGUACGGCGGAUCCGGAGGCAGUUAUAACUCAUGUAAAGAGCGCGAAGCAAUGCUGUUGGGGAACCCUGUGGAGUCCAUUGAUGGGCAUACGGUGCACACAGCUUUGACAUACAGCGAAAAAGUUGAGGAAUACAACCAGCGCUACGCCUACAUGAAGUCUUGGGCUGGACUUUUACGUAUUCUUGGUUGCGUCGAGCUGCUUCUUGGAGCAGCGAUUUUUGCAUGCGUUUGUGCUUACAUUCAUAAAGACAAUGAGUGGUAUAACAUUUUCGGAUACUCGCAGCAUGGUGGGUUUUACGGAGGAGGUUACAGCGGCUCUUACGGAGGAGGCGCUUACGGCAAUGCCAACUACACCGGACCCAAGACGCCAUUCAUCCUAGUGGUGGCGGGAUUGGCGUGGAUAGUGACCGUAAUCAUACUUGUCUUGGGAAUGACCAUGUACUAUCGAACUAUCCUUCUAGACUCAAGUUGGUGGCCUUUAACAGAGUUCUUCAUAAACCUGACUCUUGCAGUCCUGUUUUUGGCAGCGGGUUGCGUGUACGUGAAUGACACCAUUCGAGGUGGACUCUGUUACUAUUCGUACUUCAAUAACGGCAUCAAUGGCGCUUUCUGUCGCACUGAGGCUGGGCAGACGGCCGCUAUCAUUUUCCUGUUCUUCACCAUGAUCGUGUACUUGGUCGGAGCCAUUGUGUGUCUGAAACUGUGGCGUCACGAGGCGGCUCGGCGACUACGAGAACGUAAUGGGCAGGAGAUGCAGCCAAAAGAUUCUCCUGCUGCUGUUCAUUUGGACGAUGGAACCAGAAGUACUAAAAUGCAACUCGUUUCCGGGUUUUGGCCCCCAAAAAUACACCAUCCCUGCAGCACUCCAUUAAUAACCAUAACUAAGGUUGUUGAUGGUUCAAGGGAGCUGAUGCCAGUCUCAGCGCCGGUACAGCACACUGCCACCCCUGCCGUCGCCAAGCCCAAAGUUGUGAAAGGGCAUAUUCUAGCUGGACACGCUCUAAAACCUGUGAUCAUGCCGGACUACAUCGUUAAAUAUCCAGCUAUCCGAACGGAUGAGCAGCGGGACCAGUAUAAAGCCGUGUUUAAUGACCAGUAUUCUGAGUAUAAAGAGCUGCAUGUAGAAGUUCAAGCGAUACUGAAGAAGUUUGAUGAAAUGGAUGUGAUGAUGCAGAAUUUACCGCAAAACCCCACCAGCCACAUGGAGCGUGAUCGCAUCAACAAAAUCCUGCAGGAAUAUCAGUGGAAGAAGAUGGAUCCUUCAUUUCUGGAGAAGAAGGAAAGAUGUGAGUACCUGAAGAACAAACUCGCGCACAUCAAGCAGAGGAUUCACGAGUACGACAAAGUCAUGGGCUGGAACGAUGGUUACGGCUGAAACGGGUAGCACUAGAUUCAAUCCUUCAUUUUCAUGCUGGGAUAUUGUAUUACACUGAACAUGUGACCACUGUAUCUGCAGAGCCAUACUAGUCUGGAUUUAUGUUACAAACAGUAAUCCAAUGAGGGAUCGAUAACUUGCAUGCUCUUAAUGUACACGCUGAUCCUUGAGCACUGACUGAAAAUAUUUUCUUUUUCAUUUUGUAUUUCACAAUGCUGACUAAAAGUGCAUGAAUGUUUAAAGAAAUACUCCAUGUUCAGUUUGUGUAGGAAUACAGAACUGCUGUUUUUUUAUGCAUUAAUUCAUUUUUCUGCUACUGUGUUGAAGUUCUAUUUGAUGUGAACAACAGCCUUGUCCUUAUAUGUUCAGUGUUGUAAAUGCAUUUUGAUGAGUUGAAUAGGUGAUUUAUAUGCAAAUACUGUAAAGAGUGAAAAGUCGAAGCAUUUCAUGCAAAUUUGUUGUAACUGAAAUAAUCUUUGAAUAAAAAAGUACGGUCAGGAAGCACUUCAGACACAACGGAGCAUACGCUUCCUUUCCCUCCAUCCCUCCAUGGCUGAUUGCAACGUAGACAUAAAAAUCUUAAGAACUUCCUUAUUCACUAGAAACUUUCAUUACCCCUCUUUUAAAGAAAGCAUUUAGUUCUCCAUCUCUAUCAAUUCUCCAUUUCCGCCACUAACCGCAGCAGCCGUUUACAAGUGCAAUUACAUUGGAAUAAAAAAUACAAAUAAUGCAAUUAUAAAACUUGUGACAUUUUACACU